AUGUCUCGAUCAGACGAUGCUGGUCGCUACUUUCAGACCACAGACUCGAUCGCGACAACGCAGCGCAAAGCCGCAAAAUCCAAGAACAAAUAUGGCAAGCCUGUAACACUCCAGUCGAAGAUCUUGGCUGUCACAUCGGAUCCCAAGGAUGCAGGCGCCGUAUACGUUGCCGAGGCCGCUGGGCAGAUAACCUGGGUUGUUCUUGAUAGUGCCGAGACAUCCACAUUGCCACUACGAGCGAUGGCCCCUCUGACGUGUCUAAGUAGAUCGGACAAUAACGCAUUGUAUAGUGGCUGCUGGGACAAACAUAUCUACCACUCACCUCUGGCAGAGCCCAUCGUCUUGUCACGAACAAAGCUCUCUGGUCACACAGACUUUAUCAAGUGCGUGCUUACGACGACAUUAGAUGGCAAGCCGGUGCUGCUUUCUGGUGGUGCAGAUGCCGUGAUAAUCGUCUGGGAUUUGAGUACCGGUAAACCACUACAUAAACUGAAGGGUCAUACGAAAGCAUUACAAGAUCUGGCUAUCGACCCGUUGAGUCUACCUGAGGGUGCAAAUCAGCCAAGAGACUCUUUCAUUUUGUUCACAGCAAGCUCCGACCGCGAGAUCAGAAGAUGGCAUAUCAGCUGGGACGCCGCCAAGGAGACUUCUGAGAGCCUGGAAAAGCCAAUACUGGCUCAUGAAACUAGUGUGUACAAGCUGAGGUUUGAUAUUGAGGGUGAUCUCUGGACAGCUUCGGCAGACAAGACGGCCAAACAUCUUGUCCGAAGUAGAGACUGGGGGGCAGAUACUGUCCUGCAGCAUCCAGACUUUGUGCGGGAUGUGGUUGUCAGUGAGACGACUGGCUUGGUUGCGACUGCGUGUAGAGAUGAGGAGGUGAGAGUGUGGGACUUGAGCUCGGGUGACUUGGUAUGCACGUAUAGUGGGCAUUACGAGGAGGUCACAGGACUAGCUUUGGUCAGUCAGGUCUUAGUGGCAAGUGUCAGUAUUGAUGGCACAGUGAGGCAAUGGAGUCUGGAGAGGCAAGGGAUGGCAAGGUACCACACAGAAGUCGAGAGAGAGAAGGCAGGUGAGGAAAGGCGGGAUGAGCCACCCAAGAAAGGUGGUAUGCUUACCGCGGAGGAGGAAGCAGAGCUGGCAGAGCUGAUGGAUGAGGACGAGUGA